UGCGAGUCCGGUUGGCUGAGCCACUGCAAGGGGAGGCGCUACUAUUUCAGAGGGACAGGCAGCAAGAGCCACAGCACUGAGCAAGUCUGGAGAGAUACACACAGCUUGGUAAACGGGCUGGUUAUUGGUGUGAGCUGCUAAUCACUGUGAAAGGUUCAUCAUGUCUGACAGGAAGGCUGUUAUCAAGAACGCUGAUAUGUCUGAAGACAUGCAGCAGGAUGCUGUAGAUUGUGCAACACAGGCCAUGGAAAAAUAUAACAUUGAAAAAGAUAUUGCAGCUUAUAUCAAGAAGGAAUUUGACAAGAAAUACAAUCCAACUUGGCAUUGCAUUGUUGGCAGAAACUUUGGCAGCUACGUGACACAUGAGACAAAGCACUUCAUCUAUUUUUAUUUGGGCCAGGUUGCAAUUCUCCUCUUCAAAUCUGGGUAGAAAUAGAAGUUUAAUUAUGGACUGAAAUGCACUGAUGGCUGAAGCCAGGAUUCCCUCUAACAUGGCUGUGCAGCUGCAUGGACUGUAUACUAUAUUUAAUGUGUAUAUGUUGCAGUAAAAUUGACUUAUGUUUAGUUGCCUGGAGAGAAGGCAGCUUUAUUUUGUUACUGCUUUUUGUUUUUGUCCCCCCCCCCCCCUUUUUUUGUUGUAUUGCACUUGGGGGGGAAAACUGUAAAUGCUUAAAAUGGCCUUUAAUUGGUAAGAAAAUAAAAACUAUUCCACAUCAAAUGCCCCCUGAAAGUGAUAACUUUAUUUGCAACCUAUUAGCGUGCUGACUCUCUAAUCUGCCUUUUAGUUUUGUUGAGGAAAUCAUAUUCUUUCACACAAUUCCCUUUUUUAAAUGUUCUCAUUUUUACUUAAUGUAUGGUUUACAAUUUAAGGAGUUUUAUUUGCUGAUGCUGUCGCUCAUGAGUCGAAGGAAGCUAAGGUGUUGCAUAUCUGUUCUAUUUUCUGCUACUUUAAAAUCUCUAGUUGCAAUGGAACCCCUCAUGUUGUCGUGUGUGGUUUGAGUUUUUUUGAUAUUGGAUGGAUUCUCUGACCUUGCAGGGCAUGCUCCUAGAUUAUUGAAAUGUCAAAUCUGAGCUAUUUUGAGGAAAGAACCUUAUCAUAAAACCCUUUACUAAAUUUUCUGGAAAAAGUUCCCCCUCAAAUAGAAAGUUCUGAUGUACAAAGAAAAAAAAAAAAAAAAAAAGUAUCGUUCUAAACUGUUUCACAAUCUGGGAGCAAUUCAAAAGCAAUCUUAUACUGUAAAGAAACAUUUGCAGUUAUCCAGCAUUUGGCUUUUAAAUCCCUUAGGCCUAAGUUACUCAAUGGCCUUCAUUUUUCUCUUCAAAUCUCUCAUACUCUGUAUUUAUAACAAAAGGGUUUUUUUUUUUGUCUAGCCUGGAUACCCUAGGCAUUUAUGACUUCAGUGCAUGCAAUUAAUUGUCUGUGGAUUGAACUGUAUCGCUUGACCAGCCUUCUUUGCGUGUGCACUUAAUGUCUGCACUCAGCCUAACAAAUCUUGUGUUUUGUUUGGUUUCUCAGCCUAGACGGUCUUUUUAGAUAUUCUUGCCAAGGCAAAUGGCUGCCUCACCAAUCAGUCUAACCUAGGAUAUAGAUUUGUGUGUGAAUGGGGUUAAAAUUAAAUGUUUUCAAUAGCUUUAGCACCAACAAAUAUCUCUCUUAAAGGGACAUUAAAUUGCUGGCCACAACUUCAACAGAAUGGUUUAUUACCCACCGUCCGUACUAUCGUUCCACCUAUGCCUGCAAUUCUCUGGAGCCGCUCUUAUUUUAACACUUUUUUUUUUUUUUUUUUUUUUUUUUUUAAACAGGAGCCUGUUGGCAUGUAUAUUUGGAAUAAACUAAUGCUGAGGAUGGCGGCUGCUAGCAGCAUUUGGCUAUUUUCAGAGCCGGGUUUCUUCUUCUGAAAGUGCCACACCCUAAGAUCUGGUUCUGCAGCUGCCAUCUUUAGCUUUUGUUUCCAUCUGCAUGCAUAUGCCAACUUGAAACUCACGUAGUCUUGUUCCCUGUGACAUGACUGAAUUACAUCCAAAGAUAAGGGCUGUUGCCAGCUGUAUCCUGUUCUAUAGUUCUCAAACCCAGUUUUAAAGUUAUACCGCAUAUGAGACCACCGAAGUAAUUAAUGGGGGCCAAAUAAAAAGUAAAAACAUCACGGUAAAUAGAUGUUGGAAGUUUUUUUUUCUUCAUUUAAUCAUACAAUCAAUUUGAUGUAUGAAAUUAAUCAUCCCAUGUUAUUUCAACUUUGUUAAUAUUCAGAUUGAAUAAUGGCAUUCUCUUGUAUAUUUAAGUCCAAGUGUCAAUUUUAAAAAAAAAAAAACAACAAAACUACAGUGAAUUGAGCAUUUAGAAAGUUCAAAAGUCCUGGAAAAAGCUUGCAUGGCAAAAAUGGUUCUGAUGGCUUGGAAUUCUCCCUCUCUUCCCCCCCCCCCCCCCAAUAAUUGCACUGGGAAAUGAUACAGUAAUUUGAUUUUCCUAAUGUAUUGAAAUACAAAUGGGACAAGCUGUACAUGGAGUGGCAUGAGAACAGUAUUGGCUCAAAAAUUACAAUUGAGUGCUAAAUAGGACACUGGGUGAUGACAGCAACUGCAUGUUUGAUUCUUUUACUUAUACUGAGUGUCCAUUAGUGGGGUAGUUUGUCCAAAAAUGCUUAACCUUAGCUGGCACAUAGAUAUAGAUGGUCCAAUAACAUACAAAACACCUUUUUGUUUUGCCACACAUAUGAUUUUAAAAUAUUCCUACACAAAAUGUAUAAGGCUGGUAUACCCAAGGUAAACGUGUUACAUACAUUGUGUUGCUGCAGUUAUCCAAUUUGGUUCUUUCAGCAGCUUUAAAAAAAAAAAAAAGCUUUACAGAACAAAUUGUAUAAUUUUUAUCUUUAGAAAGCGUUCACAUAUAUUCAUAGAGUGUGUGUGUAUAUAUAUAUAUAUAUAUAUAUAUAUUUAUCACACUAUUUUCAGCUAUAACUAUAUAUAUAUUAUGUUCAUUCCAAAUAUACUGUUUUUGGUCAGAUUUGGAAGACCUACACUUAGUCUGAGAAUUAAACGUUUGAGACUGUGACUGGGCAGCCAGUACAUCUAUGUAUAGAAUGUAUUAGACAGUAACUCUGAAAUGUAAAUAUCUGUCAAUUCAUUAGCAUUCUGCUGACUACAGUAACUUUUUUUGGCCUAUGUUACAUCAUGUUCUUUUGAGGUAUUGUAUGUCAGUGGGAGACUUUACUAUUUAUGCUGUACUUACAGCUGUAAGGUGCAUGAUUCAUUAUUUAAUUUUCUCUCAGAAAGAAGCAGUGUGUAUUUUUCUGAACAGGCUUUGUGCACCAUGUAAAUUAAUGUUAUCUACAGUCAUCUGAGAUAAUAGAGUAUUUUGUCUAGAAAACUUAUUUUAUUUUGCACUUUUAUUUUGCAAUAAAAAUAUAUUUUCGAGUCUGGGAAAAACUUAUUGUGCUAUAUGCAUUUCACUGUUGUGACUUUUUUUUUUCUUUUGUGAAUAGGCUAAAUAAAACCUUACUUUGUGA